GUACUUUCAAUCGCUUCGACUACGUACAUUUUCCGUGUUAAGACAGUUUCCAUUCAGAACCAGAUCUAUUUCUAUUACUUCCGCAAGAAUGUCCAGCGCAGACAAGUCGCACGCCACAGGCCAAUCCAAAGUGCCCGGAAAGGUUCAAGAAAAGGUACCCAAGGAUGUAGAAGAAUCACUUCCUGACAGCAUCCAUCCCACUGGCAAGAACCCAGGCCAAUCCACUAGCAAGACUCACGCAAAGGGCGGAGGAGAGGAAUCAAUUCUACCUAAGAAGGUUCAGGAGAAGGUCCCCGAGAACAUUGAAAAAGCUGUGCCCAACGCCCUUCAUAACACUGGAGAUAAAUGAGACUGCUAGCAUCAUAGAUGUAUGAUGGUGUCAUUUACAGUAGAAGACGAAUGAUUGAGUCAGUUGAGGGAGGAUUAGGUAGUUCAAUAUUUGGAAAUGGUUCCUUAAAAAAUCAUAAUACUUUCGAGCUACGAUAUAUUAAGGGAUUUCACAAAAUUUUUAUAAGUUCUAAUUCCGAUGUCUGUGAAUAGUGUUAGACUGUUAGUCGUAAGAGUGGUUUGUAAAG